AUGUCUUCUCUUCCCCCCGUCUACAUUGUCUCUACUGCCCGUACUCCCGUGGGCUCUUUCCUCGGCUCUCUCUCCAGCUUGACUGCUCCCCAGCUUGGUGCUCAUGCUAUCAAGGCGGCCGUCGAACGGGCUGAGGGGAUCAAUGCCUCUGAUGUCGAGGAAGUUUUCUUUGGCAACGUCCUAUCUGCAGGUGUUGGACAGAACCCCGCGAGACAAUGUGCUAUCGGUGCUGGCCUUACCGAUUCCACCGUCUGCACUACUGUCAACAAGGUCUGCGCUUCUGGUCUGAAAGCCAUCAUUCUCGGUGCCCAGACUAUCAUGACUGGAAACGCCGAUAUUGUUGUCGCUGGUGGAACCGAGUCCAUGUCGAACACCCCUCACUACCUACAGACCUCUCGCAGUGGUACUAAGUUUGGCAACCAAACCUUGGUUGACGGUAUCCAGAAAGAUGGCCUGACCGAUGCCUAUGGCAAGCAGGACCUCAUGGGUGUUGCGGCUGAGGAGUGUGCUGAGGACCACGGCUUUAAUCGUGCCCAACAGGAUGACUAUGCCAUCCGCAGCUAUGAGAAGGCCCAGGCUGCCCAAAAGGCUGGCGCGUUCGACUAUGAGAUUGCUCCCAUUGAGAUCCCCGGCUUCCGUGGCAAGCCCGGUGUGACCAUUUCCCAGGAUGACGAGCCCAAGAACCUCAACCCCGAUAAGCUGCGCGCCAUAAAGCCCGCUUUCAUCCCCGGAACUGGAACCGUGACUGCCCCCAACUCCUCACCUCUGAAUGAUGGUGCUGCCGCCGUCGUAUUGGUUUCCGAGGCUAAGGUGAAGGAGCUCGGCCUCAAGCCCAUCGCCAAGAUUCUGGGUUGGGGCGACGCUGAGCAGAAGCCCAGCAAGUUUACCACGGCUCCUGCUUUGGCCAUCCCCAAGGCACUCAAGCAUGCCGGUGUGACACAGGACUCCAUCGAUGCUUUCGAGAUCAAUGAGGCCUUUAGUGUGGUGGCUCUCGCUAACCUGAAGCUCCUUAACCUCUCCGAGGAGAAGGUUAACAUCCACGGUGGCGCGGUCGCUAUUGGACACCCUCUUGGUGCCAGUGGUGCUCGUAUUGUCUCCACUCUACUCGGUGUUUUGAACGCCAAGAAGGGCAAGCUUGGCUGCGUUGGUAUUUGCAACGGUGGUGGCGGUGCCAGCGCCCUUGUUAUUGAGUCUAUUUAA